AUGGAGACAAAUAGGUUGAGAAAGUCAAUAAAAGUUGAACUGGAGCAUAAGUUUAUUCGAUAAAAAGCAGAAUUUUUAGAAUCGGUGGAGAAGUAAUUGCAAACGAAAUAAGAAAAGCUGAAAGAACAAAUCUAAGAAGAUUAUUAAAACUUAAUUAAUGCUAAUGUUAAAAUUGCAGUAUUAGAGAGAAAAAAUGAUGAAAAAGAUAAAAUAAUAGCUGAAUAAGAAAUAAUAAUUCGUGGAUAUAGUGCUACCAUCAAUAAUCUUCAAAAUUAAUUUUAAUAGCUACCAAAAAAUAAGAAAUCAGCGUUUGAAGAGAUGGAGGACCAAAGAAUGAUAGACUAGCCAUAAAACUAAGUAGAAGAUUUAAAAAUGAAGAACUUGAGAUUAUCUCUUAAAUUGACUAAGUUAUUAACAUUUUUCACAGAGUUCAAACUUUAUGAGUCAGAAUUCGCUAGAAUUGCAGUCUCAGAUGAAUGCUCAUGUGAAUAGUUAUAUAAACCAAAACUGCCAAAUCAAUAGGAUCUUUUAAAUCAGUUGAAAUAAUAGGAGAUAUAUUUUUAAAGUCUUCUCAGAUAAUAAUUAUCUGAUAAACAUGAAGAUCUCACUUCAGAGGUUAAGGAUUUGAAAAAAAAGUUAAUGAGACAUGAUCUUACGACAACAAUUGAUAAGGAAAAAUAAAAAAAAGCGAUUUCAUUUCUAGGUGAAUAAGUUGAAGAUCAGAAAAAAUAUAUUGCUGGUUUAUUAUGGUAGAUUAAGGAAAAAAGCAAUACAACUAAAUGUAGGACAUUUAAUGAUAUUCUCUUAAAAAAGAGAGUACUCAGUACUGAAGGAAACGAACCGAUAUUUGAUGUAAAUAAAUCUGGAAGAAAAGUCAUUGUUGACCGAUUCAAACUUUCAACUUUAUAGUGUAUAGCUUAGUAAAGAUUACACACCUUAAAUAAUUGA